AGGAAAUGAGAAAAGCAGGUUUUACUUUCGAUUCCAAGGUUAAUUCUGGCUUUCCUGAGUAAGGCUUUCUGGUUUCAGAAGGCAAUUGGUCUUAAGUGGAAUAGUUUAUUCAGGAUAAUUCAGAACACGAACUGGUUAGAGAGCCUUACAAAUGAACACGGUAGCUGCGGUCCUGCACUGUAUCAUUUGAAUGGUACAGGAUGAUCCGCCUGGAACCAAGGCUUUCAAGAUGCUCUGCUGAUGUCACAUGCCAGUCCAGACUGGGUGUGGCAGAGAGGGCUGGAAGAGAGGGAUCUGCUCAGGAUGCAGAUGAGACUCAUCAAUCCCCGAGGCUAAGAGCCUCGAAGGUGGGUGCCUGAGAGGAGGAUACCCCAGAAACACCUCCCUCGAGUUCUGGCGCAAGCCAGGCAAGCGCUCUACCACUGAGGUACCCCCCGAGUCCUGGGCUUGCAUUUUGUUUUAAAUGCACUUUCCCCCUUAGGGCUUCCCAUUUGUUCUGAAAAAGCAAAGAGAGGGUCUAGAAACCUUUAUGUUUCCCCCUAGGUUACCUUCUCUUGGUUACAGGCCCUAGAAAUUGGAAUCUGAAAACCCUUGGGAUGAGGGUAGUCUGGAAACUUCCUGAGCGUUUCCCUCACCGGCUUCGUUCCCUGAAUUCACCCGCGCGUGGGUUUGCUUGAGGCCAGCUGCCGGGCGAGCAGGGCACCAGUGGCAGCAGGGUGGGCAUCGCAGGCUAGCGGCCGCGGGGUGGAGCGCGCUCAGGGCCCGCCCCGAGCGCCCCCGGGGUGCGGUCCUUCGGACUGCAGGGGGCGCUGUGCGCGCCGGGCCGCGGCCUUCCCGGCGGCUCUGUUAAAGGGCCCGCGGGGCACGUGGCACGGGACAGUGCGGAGUUUGCGGCCGCCGGGCAGCAGUUCCGACGCUGGGCGCCUCCUGCUCGUCACCGACGCGCAGCCUGUCGGCGGAGAACCACAGCCCGCGCCUGGCCCGACCUGUCGGCGGAGGAUCGCACCCCAGCGACGGCACGGUAGCCAUGGCCGAAGCGGCGCUCGCCCGGCCAGAUGCAGAGAAGAGCUCGUACCUCUACUCCACAGAGAUCACACUGUGGACUGUGGUGGCAGCCAUUCAGGCCUUGGAGAAGAAAGUGGAUUCUUGCCUGGCCCGUUUGCUGACUCUGGAAGGACGCUUAGGGACAGCCGAGAAGAAGCUGGCUGACUGUGAGAAGACAGCUGUGGAGUUCAGCAACCAGCUGGAGGGCAAGUGGGCCGUGCUGGGGACCCUGCCGCAGGAGUACGGGCUGCUGCAGCGGCGGCUGGAGAACCUGGAGAACCUGCUGCACAACCGGAACUUCUUGGUCUUGCGGCUUCCCCCUGGCAGCAAGGGCGAGGUCCCCAAGGUGCCUAUGACCUUUGAUGACGUGGCUGUGUAUUUCUCUGAACUGGAGUGGGCCAUGCUGGAGGACUGGCAGAAGGAACUCUACAAGCACGUGAUGAGAAACAACUACGAGUCGCUGGUCUCCCUGGAUUAUGCCAUCUCCAAACCAGACAUCCUCAUCCGGAUAGAGAGGGGAGAAGAGCCCUGUCCUGCAGACCCUUGCGGUCAGACGGGGAGUGAGGAGGAGGCAGCAUGCCCCAGGAAACCGAACGCUGGAAUCCCUCUGAGUCCAGAGCAUGCCCCAAGUCCAGCCAGCCCUGCCCAGGAGAAGCCAAAAGAAAGGCAAGCACCUGAGCAGCAGCAGCGGCAGCAAGAGGAAGCGAGAGCUACUCCACCUGAGCCAGACACUGGAAUUCCAGCAAACACCAGCACUUUAUCGAUUAAACAGGAGGGAGAAUUUACAGAGGGAGAAUUGCCACCCUCCCCUCCUGCAGAUAGCCUUCCUUCUGAGGGGCCAGGUGGUGGUGCCGUGACCAUCAAGACAGAAGCCCAGUCUGCGGAUGAACCUGAGCAGCACCUUCUGGAGUCCCCGAGCCCGUCCAUGUAUAGAGUCCACAGAAGGCCCAGGAACAAGACUAGAGGCCCUAGACGGCAUCAUGCCCAGGAAGUGCCUAGGGGAUGGAGUAGGGAACCCCGGGCUGCAGAGGCUACGAGAGAGCCACCCCGUAUCCUUCCUCGACAACGGGAGCGGGCAUUCCCAUGUCCUGACUGUGGGCAGAGCUUCCGCUUGAAGGUCAAUCUGACAAUCCAUCAGCGGACCCAUGUUGAAGAGGAGGAACACAGGGAGGCUUGGAGUGACUUGCCUCUUGGGUCAAGCCACUCCACACUGGAGCCAGGGGAGGUGGUGGUACCCGGGCCUGUCAUCGGCUGGCUGCCUGAGGAGCCCAUGAGCCACCGUUCCCUGGCAAACAAUGCUUUCAUGGGACAGAGGUCAACAGCUAAGGUUUACCACUGCAGUGAAUGUCUGCACUCCUUCCAACAACGGAAGACCUUGAUACUGCACCAGCGUCAGCACACAGGCAGCAGGCAAAGCUGGCCUGCCUGUCCCUACUGUGGCAAGGCCUUCCGCCGGCCCUCGGACCUCUUUCGUCACCAGCGCAUCCACACUGGUGAGCGCCCCUAUCAGUGCCCCAAGUGUGGCCGGGCCUUCAACAGGAACCACCACCUUACUGUCCACAUGCAGACCCACUCCUGAGGCCAGACUGUCCUGCAUUUCCUCAUGCCUUCUGGCCACCAGGAGAGCCCAGGCCUAUGUGGUCCCAGGCCUGAAGAGGAACCUGACCAGAGGAGCCUGCCGUGGUACCCUCUGGCUCUCCUGGGUACCGUGCAGGAUCCGUGCUCUCUCAGGGCCUUUCCUUGUGCCUGGCCUGACACUGGUCCCUCGCUCUGGAGCUUUGGAGAGUCUUGUUGGUUUUGUUUUCCAUUCCACUUCCAUGGGAAGAAGUCACCCUUUUGGUGACUGCGUAGGUGUGUGACUGGGUGCCUCUAUCUCCUAACCCUCUCUUUAGGACAUUCCUGACUGGUGAAAGAUUCCUUAAGAUUUAAGGUGGGGUCUUUGGCUGGUACUGUAGUCAGUAGGAACAAAGAUUUUUGGCUCUUCCAGAAUGGGACAAGAGAGGCCUCAGGGGGGAAAGGUUUGAAUGGAUAAAAAUCUGCAGUCAGAGAAAAAAGCAGUUCACAGAUGGCUAAGGGAAGGCACCGGCAAUUUGCAUUUUAAAAGAAUUUUUAUUAUUAUUUUGCUUUACUUUGUAACUUUGAGACUUUUCUAGGAGAUCCCACGCUGCUGAGGGGCAAGAACUCUGCUACCUCCUCCAUGUGGUGCUGACAGGGUGGGAGGACCUGCUUAGUUAGACCUGAUUUGGUUGGGACGGCUUGGCUGCUGUUCUGAAAGCAGAGUGCCAGGUGGUUUUUUUUUUUUUUUUUUUUGUUUUUGUUUUUGUUUUUUCGAGACAGGGUUUCUCUGUGUAGCUUUGCGCCUUUCCUGGAACUCGCUUUGGAGACCAGGCUGGCCUCGAACUCACAGAGAUCCACCUGGCUCUGCCUCCCAAGUGCUGGGAGUCUUCCCUGCCUUUCCCUCAGGAGGCCAUCACGUCCGUUACUACUUUUACUACUGAGGGAAAUGCAAACUGGGAAUGGAUCGCUUCCCUCUGGUCUGGGGUUGACAGUGUGGUUGACCCACCAUGACAGAGCUGCAGAAAUGCCUGUGGGGAUUGUAGCACAAGCCCAGGCAGCCCCUGCCUGGGGGACUCUGGGAAUCCUUCAGCUCUCUUGAGCCUCAUGUUCCUCGUCUAACAAUGAAAACACCCCAGGAUGUCACCUUAGAGUUGUCUGUGCCAAAAGACACGCUAGACACGCUA